AUGCAUGCAUGCGUGCAAGUAUAUAUCCGACAGAUCACACAAGGCAGCUAAGCAGGAAAAAUUAAUUGCAUCUCUGAAAAUCUGAAAAGAGCUGUAUUGUAUAUUUUUGUUUCUCUAAAUGGCUUCUGAUUCACCGGCAGAGCUGAGGCGAUCGGAUUCAAUUGCAGAUAGCAUGCCCGAUGCCUUGAAGCAGAGCAAAUACCAUAUGAAGAAAUGCUUUGCCAGGUUUGUUGAAAGUGGGAAAAGAUUAAUGAAGCUGCGUCAUUUGAUGGACGAAAUGGAGAAAUCAAUCGAAGACAAACGCGAACGGACCAAGGUCUUGGAGGGCUUGCUCGGAUACAUCCUCAGUUCCACUCAGGAGGCGGUGGUUGUUCCGCCGUACGUGGCAUUUGCAGUAAGACCCAAUCCUGGUUUCUGGGAAUUCGUAAAGGUGAACGCCGAUGGUCUUAGAGUGGAGAGCAUUACUGCUUCCGAUUACCUCAAAUUUAAAGAAACCGUCUUCGACGAAAAGUGGGCAAGAGACGAAAAUGCAUUGGAAAUAGAUUUUGGAGCAAUGGACUUCUCUAAUCCUUCAUUGACACUGGCUUCUUCCAUUGGGAGUGGAGUCAGCUCCAUCACCAAAUUCAUGACUUCAAGGCUUGGAGGUGCUCAGCGCGCAAAGCCCUUGCUUGAGUUCUUGCUUGCUCUUAACCACCAAGGAGAGAAUCUACUGAUAAAUGAGACGGUGGAUUCAGUCCUCAAGCUUCAAACAACAUUGAUUGCAGCAGCAUUGUUCGUCUCAACACUCCCAAAGGACACACCAUAUCAUCAAUUUGAGCAGAGGCUGAAAGAGUGGGGAUUUGAGAAAGGAUGGGGAGAUACUGCAGAAAGAGUUCAAGAGACCAUGAGAAUACUUUCGGAGGCACUCCAAGCACCAGAUCCUCUGAGCAUGGAGUCCCUCUUCGGCAGGCUUCCCACCAUAUUCAACAUUGUCAUCUUCUCUCCUCAGGGCUACUUCGGCCAGUCCGACGUCCUCGGCCUCCCCGACACUGGUGGUCAGGUAGUUUACAUUUUGGAUCAAGUAAGAGCUUUGGAGGAAGAAUUGCUACUUAGGAUAAGGCAGCAAGGCCUGCAGGCUGUGAAACCUCAGAUUCUUGUGGUCACACGACUUAUACCGGACGCUCGAGGGACAACGUGUAAUAAAGAAAAAGAGCGAAUUCUUGGCACUAAGUACUCCUACAUCCUCCGGGUUCCCUUCAGAACGGAGAACGCUGUUCGCCAACAAUGGGUUUCACGUUUCGAUAUCUAUCCCUAUCUUGAGAGAUUUGCCCAGGAUGCUAUAGAAAAGAUUGUGGAGGGCAUGGGGUGUAACCCAGACCUUAUAAUUGGGAACUACAGUGAUGGAAACUUGGUGGCAUCUCUGGUGGCUGCCAAACUUGGGAUAACUCAGGGAGCCAUUGCUCACGCUUUAGAGAAGACUAAGUACGAAGACUCAGAUGUGAAAUGGAAGGAUUUAGACCCAAAGUAUCACUUCUCGUGCCAAUUCACAGCUGACAUGAUUGCCAUGAAUGCCGCUGAUUUUAUCAUCACCAGCACUUAUCAAGAAAUUGCCGGCAGUAAGGAUAGGCCUGGACAGUAUGAAAGUCACACAGCAUUUACCAUGCCGGGGCUUUGCCGAGUAGUCUCGGGCAUCAACGUCUUCGAUCCAAAGUUCAACAUAGCUGCUCCCGGCGUCGACCAGUCUGUCUACUUUCCCUACUCGGAACAGAAAAAGCGGUUCACCUCAUUUCAUCCUUCCAUUGAAGAGCUUAUUUACAGUGACCACGACAAUCGAGAGCAUACCGGAUAUUUAGCAGACAAGAAGAAACCCAUCAUCUUCUCCAUGGCGAGACUGGACACAAUGAAGAACAUCGCAGGCCUCACAGAGUGGUACGGCAAGAACAAGAGGCUGCGAGACCUGGUCAACCUCGUCGUCGUCGCCGGAUUCUUCGACCCAUCCAAGUCGGAAGACAGAGAAGAGAUAGCAGAGAUCAAGAAGAUGCACUCGAUGAUUGAGAAGUACCAGCUGAAGGGUCAGGUCCGGUGGAUAGCCGCCCAGAACGACAAGAACCGCAACGGCGAACUCUACCGGUGCGUGGCCGACACGAAGGGGGCGUUCGUGCAGCCGGCGCUGUACGAGGCCUUCGGGCUGACGGUGAUCGAGGCCAUGAACUGCGGGUUGCCGACGUUCGCGACCAGCCAGGGAGGUCCGGCGGAGAUCAUCGUGGAUGGGGUCUCCGGAUUCCAUAUUGAUCCAAAAAAUGGGGAGGAAUCGGGGAAUAAGAUUGCGGAUUUCUUUGAGAAGUGCAAGAAGGAUGAGCAGUACUGGAACUUGGUGUCCAAUGCAGGCCUCAAGCGCAUCAAUGAAUGCUAUACAUGGAAGAACUACGCAAACAAAUUGUUGAAGAUGGGAUCCGCUUAUAGCUUCUGGAAGCAGUUGAACAAGGAACAAAAGCAAGCCAAGCAGAGAUACCUUCAAAUGCUUUACAAUCUUCAAUUCAGAAGAUUGGCAAGAACCGUCCCCAUCCCGAGGGAGGAAUUCCGAGAACUCCCACCAGCGGCAACCGGCAAACACCUAGAACCGGCGUCGACGGCACAAACUGAAGCCCAGCUGCAGCCUCCGCGGGCGACGGCGACAACUAAAGAACCACCGUCGAUUGGACCAGAUGAACCCCAACAACCAGCGCCAGCGGCGGUAGCUGAUGAAGCUGAGCCAGUGGGACACGAAGAUGAAAACCAAAAACCGGUGGAUUCUGCAAGAAGCAAAGAUCGGCAAUGCGGCGGCGGCGGAUGGUGUUGGUGCUUCAUACUUAUUUUCCUUCUCUCAAUUUACUACUUGUGGACGAAGAAACGCUAAUUAAUGCAUGCAUGUGCCUCUGAAAGACAAUGGAAAAAUGUGAAAAUAAGAUGAUAUGCACAUAAAUUCUUCACCUCAAUUGUGAAAAGUGUGGGGAUAUUCAAGAUGACGGCAAUUAAUAAAGCUGCAGCAAGCAAGUUCUUUGAUAUAUGUGCUUGUCUGCUUAAAAGUGUUUAAUGACGUUGCAGCAAUCGAGCUUCUACUAUGCCUAGCUACAUGAAAUUGUAAUUUUUAUGCCAAAUAUUUUUUUUAGAUGUAAAAUGAGAAAAUCAGGAAGUAAUCUGCUCCAGGGCAGUACAGACAGAUAAGAAUUCUGAUUUUGUUUUCAACAGUUACAAGCCUAAAGAUGCGCAGGCUGAUAAAAAUUCUAACCAA